AUCCAGCAGGGCGUCGCCACGUCCAUGGCCUCCAUGCCGACCCAGGUCCAGGUGAUCCAGCAGCCGAUGAACUCGGCGUACCUGCAGCAGCUGUACAGCCACCCGGGCCAGGUGCUGAUGGGCAACGUGAUGCACCAGCAGGGACUCGGUGGUCCUAUCCAGGUGAUCGCCGCCGGAAAGCCGCUGACUCAGUCGCAGCUUCCACACAUGCUCACCUCUGCCGGCGCGUUUCCGGCGGCCGGCUACACGACCAUCCCGACGUCCAACAACGGCACGCUAGUGAUGCUCUCCUCGCAGGCCAACAUCCUGCCGUCCAACUCGAAGCCCAACGACCUGACUAAGGUGGCGCUGGGUCAGCGGCUGCCGCUGCACGCGGCCGGCUCGCCGGGCCCCAAGCAGCUGGUGUCGGUGGCCGGCUCUGGCGUGCACCAGCACCAGGUGGUGACUUCCCAGGCGGGCUCGCACCACAUGCCCAUGAUCGCCAACUCGUCACAGAUCUUCAACCAGCUGCAGGCGUUCGGUCAGAUGCCGCAGGCUUUCGGCCAGAUGCCGCAGGCGCUGUUCCAGAACCCGAUUUACAUCCGGCCGUCGGUGGCGCCGGCGGCCGGGCCCGGCCAGGCGCCGCAGGAGGGCAUGUUCCUGCAGAGCCCGCCCGCCCAGCAGCAGGUGCAGCAGCAGCAGGUGACGGCCGACCCGAACCAGCUGCGCUUCUCGGCCGCCGUGGCUACGGCCACCACCAUGACGACGCUGCCGCAGACGGUGCCGGCGCAGCCGCCGCCGGCGCAGCAGGCGCAGCCGCAGGCGCAACCGGCCGCCAAGCCACGCUACGCCGAGCCGCCCAGCAUCCAGCCGCGGCGCCGCGGCAGCAGCACAAGAUGCGCGUCAAGGCGGCCGGCCGCGGCCAGCCGGGUCUGGCGCUGA